AUGCCCACAUCCUUCACAGGAACGCCCACACCCUCCACAACAACGCCCACAUCCUCCACAACAACGCCCACAUCCUCCACAACAACGCCCACACCCUCCACAACAACGCCCACAUCCUCCGCAACAAUGCUCACAUCCUCCAGAGGAACACCCACAUCCUCCACAACAACGCCCACAUCCUCCACAACCACAACAACGCCCACAUCCUCCACAACGCCCACAUCCUUCAUAACAACGCCCACACCCUCCACAACAACGCCCACAUCAACGCCCACACCAUCCACAACGCCCACACCCUCCACCACACCAUCCACAACAACGCCCACAUUCUCCACAACAGCGCCCACAUCCUCCACAGGAACACCCACAUCCUCCACAGGAAUACCCACAUCCUUCACAGGAACGCUCACAUCCUCCACAACAACGCCCACAUCCUCCACAACAACGCCCAUAUCCUCCACAACAACGCCCACAUCCUCCACAGGAACGCCCGCAUCCUCCACAACAACGCCCACAUCCUCCACACCAACGCCCACACCCACCACAACAACACCCACACCCCCACAAAAACGCCCACCACCCUCCACAACAACGCCCACAUCCCCACAGACGCCCACAUCCUCCACAACAACGCCCACAUCCUCCACAACAACUCCCACAUUCUUCACAGGAAUACCCACAUCCUCCACAGGAACGCCCACACCCUCCACAGGAACGCCCACAUCCUCCACAGGAGCGCCCACAUCCUCCCCAAGAACGCCCACAUCCUCCACAACAACGCCCACACCCUCCACAACAACGCCCACAUCCUUCACAACAACGCCCACACCAUCCACAACAACGCCCACAUCUUCCACAGGAACGUCCACAUCCUCCACAGGAACGCCCACAUCCUCCACAGGAACGCCCACAUCCUCCACAACAACGCCCACGUCCUCCACAACAACGCCCACAUCCUCUACAAUAACGCCCACAUCCUCCACAGGAACGCCCACCUUCUCCACAACAACACCCACAUCCACCACAGGAGCGCCCACAUCCUCCGCAACAACGCCCACAUCCUCCACAACAACGCCCACGUCCUCCACAACAACGCCCACAUUCUCCACAGGAGCGCCCACAUCCUCCACAACAACGCCCACAUCCUCCAUAACAACGCCCACGUCCUCCACAACAACGCCCACAUCCUCCACAGGAGCGCCCACAUCCUCCACAACAACGCCCACAUCCUCCACAGGAGCGCCCACAUCGUCCACAACAACGCCCACAUCCUCCACAACAACGCCCACAUCCUCCACAGGAGCGCCCACAUCCUCCACAACAACGCCCACAUCCUCCAUAACAACGUCCACGUCCUCCACAACAACGCCCACAUCCUCCACAACAACGCCCACAUCCUCCACAACAACGCCCACACCCUCCACAACAACGCCCACAUCCUCCGCAACAAUGCCCACGUCCUCCAGAGGAACGCCCACAUCCUCCACAACAACGCCCACAUCGUCUACAACAACGCCCACAUCCUCCACAACAACGCCCACAUCCUCCACAGGAGCGCGCACAUCCUCCACAGCAACGCCCACAUCCUCCACAACAACGCCCACAUCCUCCACAACAACGCCCACAUCCUCCACAGGAGCGUCCACAUCGUCCACAACAACGCCCACAUCGUCCACAACAACGCCCACAUCCUCCACAACAACGCCCACAUCCUCCACAACAACGCCCACAUCCUUCACAACAACGCCCACGUCGUCCACAACAACGCACACAUCCUCCACAACAACGCCACAACAAACGCCCACAUCGUCCACAACAACGCCCACAUCCUCCACAACAACGCCCACAUCCUCCACAACAACGCCCACAUCCUCCACAACAACGCCCACAUCCUCCACAACAACGCCCACAUCGUCCACAACAACGCCCACAUCCUCCACAACAACGCCCACAUCGUCCACAACAACGCCCACAUCGUCCACAACAACCACAUCGUCCACAACAACGCCCACAUCGUCCACAACAACGCCCACAUCCUCCACAACAACGCCCACAUCCUCCACAACAACGCUCACAUCGUCCACAACAACGCCCACAUCCCCCACAACAACGCCCACAUCCUCCACAACAACGCCCACAUCCUCCACAACAACGCCCACAUUCUCCACAACAACGCCCACAUCCUCCACAGGAGCGCCCACAUCCUCCACAACAACGCUUACAUCCUCCACAACAACGCCCACAUCCUCCACAACAACGCUUACAUCCUCCACAACAACGCCCACAUCCUCCACAACAACGCCCACAUCCUCCACAACAACGCCCACAUCCUCCACAAAAUUGUAA